AUGACGCUUUACUCGGACCCUCCCAGCUUGCUGCCCUUUCGCCAUGACAAGCCCACCCUGCUCGUUUGCUGGUGGAUGACGUCUUUCUGCGCCGUCAUGAUCUGCCUGCGCGUCGCUGGCCGCUUUAUCCGCACCGAGCGUCUCUUUCUUGAGGACAAAAUUGCCGCCCUCGCCAUCAUCCCCCUCGCCCUGCGCAUGGCUUGCGUCCACUAUAUUCUCCUGCACGGCACCAACAAUGCAGAUUUCACGGGCGUCAUACUAUCAACCCAGCAGCUGCAUAAAAAGAGCAUAGCUAGUGGUCUUGUCCUUCUCAGCCGCUUCUUCUAUGCUGCUACACUAUGGGUUCUCAAAUGCGCCAUUCUCGAGUUUCUCCGUCGAAUCACAGGCAUUACCUGGCAACGAUCUUACCAAACCACCAUGGUGGCCCUGCGAUGGACCCUGCUCGCCACCUUUAUCGCCGUCGUCAUUAGCGAUCUGGCCGAAUGCCGACCCUUUCACCAUUACUGGCAAGUUUUGCCCGAUCCGGGUGGCCAGUGCCGUCAGGGCUACGUCCAGCUCCUCACCAUGGCCACCUGCAACGUCCUGACCGACCUCUUGCUCGUAAUCUUCCCCAUCCCCAUUAUCCUACACAGCCACAUGCAGCUCAAGCGCAAGAUCCAGCUUGUGCUACUAUUUUCUCUCAGCCUAUCCAUUGUUUGCGUUACACUAUAUCGAGUCCCGCACAUCAUUUGGAACGACGGACGCCAGCAAUAUCGAUCACUCCUUGCCUCGGUCGAAAUUCUGUUUGCCACAGCCUCCGCCAAUGCUCUGGUCCUUGGCUCAUUUGUCCGCGACCGGGGUUUGAAGAAGCAGAAAUUUCGCCGCAACUCGGCCGCUGACUCGUUUGACCGCGGUAGCGCCCCGCGACGGCCCGCCCUGCACCAACACUGGGGUAGUGAUGAGGAUCUAGUCAGAGACGUCGGCCUGGCUGUCGACCCGAAGCUGCGUGAAACCCCAAACCGCGCCAUCGUGGCCAAACCUGCCGACUUCAAAGGGGAUUGGGCCCGUCAUAACGGUACAUUGAGCGGCGAAGCGGCCAGCGACGAUGCCAUUCUCCCCGACGACCGCCUCUCAAAGACAGACUCCCACCAAGGGGGCAAGAAGAUGACUUUCUUCGAUGUCGGAGGCUUAUUAGAUGGUUCUGUGGGAACAAGCAGCGGCAGCUAUCGCCGUGAUAGCCACACCUCAUCCACCAUUGGGCCCGGCUCUUCCCACGGCGUUCCGGCAAAUGCCGUCCCUGCCAGUUCGACUGGCUUGCGGCGCGGUUCAACGGCGCUCUUGUCAGAUCUUGGCGUCUUGUUCAGCCCGCUAAAUAACCGCUCGGCGCGCUCCGGUCGCCCUAUAUCAAACACUGGCACCGAGCUGCAACCUAUUCCACAGUCGGCUUAUGAACUGCAAGACCACCCUCGAAAGCAGCCAGAGCCUUUGUAG